AUGGAAUUUGCCAUUCACAGCAUCAAAAAUGUUACGCUGAACAUGUGCGCUAACGCGUGCACAACUAAAGUAGAGGGUCACGAGUGCUCGUCAUUCGAAUACGAUGCGCGGUCGCAAGAAUGCUCUAUUCAUGCAGAAGACGGGCAGCCGUUCGGAGCCAGCGUUCUGACGAAGACCGACGGACCGAUCGCCUUCUUUCAACAGGUGUGCGUGAGAGGCGAUGCUCUUUGUUCAACACCGUACGCGUUUGAAAGGUAUCCUCAAAGUCUGCUCAUCGGUCAUGCAAUGAAGGUUAUUUUUGUCGUCGGAGUGUCAGAAUGCUUGUCGCGGUGCCUGACAGCCCCAACGUCACUACACACACAAUGCCGUUCGGUGAUGUUCUUCUACAAGACCGGCGAAUGCAUUAUAAAUCGCGAACGACGGAGUGACUGGCCGGAGCUGUUCGUCGAUGGCGUACAGGACCAGCUUGUUGACUACUUUGAGAACAACUGUCAAGAUGUCCACUGCUUCGAUGGACAAUUGCACUGGGUUCGAACGGAAGAGUACUACAUAAACCACGAAAAAGAUGUCAUCAUAGAA